GUAGAAACGGAAGCUGAAAACCAAAACAAAACUGUAAAUUUUGCAGUUAUAAAGUAAAAUUAAUAAUAAUUAUACACAAAAUAAACAAAAUUAAAAUGGAAAUAACACUGGCCAUUAUUAAACCUCAUGUAGUGCGUAAUACCGUAGCCUUCCAGGCUUUAAAACGUUUAAUAAAAGAACAUUUUAAAAUACUAGACUCCAAAGAAGUGCACAUUACGAAACAACUAUCGGAAAAGUUUUAUGAAGAGCACAAGGGUAAAUUCUUCUAUAAUCGUUUAAUAACCUUUAUGGGAAGUGGUCCCAGUUAUGCUUUAAUAUUACAAUCACAAGACAGCAUUUCCAAGUGGAGAGGUUUGAUGGGCCCUACCAAAGUCUAUAAGGCUGUGUAUUCAAAUCCAGACUGUAUAAGAGCCAUUUAUGGUCUUUCGGAUACGCGCAAUGCUUGCCAUGGUUCGGAUAGUGUGGAAUCAGCUUUAAGGGAAAUAUCUAUAUUAUUUCCAGAUUUCAAUAAAGAUGUCUUAACAUCAGAGAACAGCUGAUGGGUGUAAAAGAAAACAUCUGGGUGUUUAUUUUUUGCUUCAGCUGUGGGUGUUGUCUUUGUGGCGUUGAAAAAUCGCUAGUUUUUUGCAAACUAUGAA